AUCGUCAUAUUCCAUGAAUACGAGAUGGCUCGAAAAAGACACGCACAACUGAUCAAAGACUGCAAUGGAAAAUGUGUGUUGGUGGAUUAUGUGCCAGAAUUCUACAAUACGGAAACAGGAACAUUCCGGUAUUUUGACAAACGGGGCUUUUCGUACUGGACGACACCUUCCCACUUGUCACCGCAUGGAAUUGAACAUGUCAGACAUGUUUGGAGGGAUAUUUGUGCGAAAUUAUAAUGGCUAUGGAAUAAUACAAAUUUAUGUAUAUUAUUAGAAUGUUCAUAUUGAAUAUUGCUACUUAAUAUUAAAUUUGAAUACGUUUCAUUUAUUCGAAGUCUGGGUAUAAAAGAACAAAAUGCUUUAAAAAAAAGUUAAAGUUACAAAAAUUGGCCGUGACUGUUUGGUACACAGUAUUUGAAUUUCCGUUUGCUUCCCAACAACCUUGAACUGUUCCCCUAGACAAUUCUGCCCUAAGUUGUUUGUUGGGCAAGUUGAAAACAAAACAUCAUGAGAUAUCAACAUCUUGAUCAUUGAGAUUUCUCAAAACCUUUUUAGAUAAUAUUAUCUAUAUAGCAUACCGCCCGCUGAUACCCAGACAAGAAAGUUGUUGUUUUGAAUAUCCCCCGAAACCGUAUAAAACCACCCAGUAUGGACCCAAUUGACAAGUUCACAUUGAAUUUAAACCAUGCUUGCCUUCCUUCGCAAUCUCAUCCUUCUCAUCGGCCUUAUUGCCAUUGUGGCUGCCCAGGUUGGAGUUAACACUGGACUUGGAGCAGGGCCAGGUGGUGCUGGAGCAAACGUUAACGGAGGUGCUCUUGGCACCGGAGUCAAUGGCCAAGCCGGAGUCCAACCAGGAGUCGGAGGAGUCCUCGGAUAAACUGGAUGUUCAAAUGAUUGUACCAAUGUAUUUAAGCUCAUUUUUUUCUAAUAAAGCAUGUAUUCAUUUGA